GGGCCUGUUUUAAUCUGGGCUAGAUCAUAAUUUAUUGGCCCAAUUAUUUUGGCGCGAAAGUUAAAUCCUUUAUUCCCUUUUCUUUAGGGAUUUUGGAGACUGUACGUCUGAGUGAGACUUUCCAGGUUUCUUCCAUGGCGUCACGGAGGAAAAGAAGAAAGAGGAAUGAAGAAACUUGUACUGAUAAAUCAGAGAUUGCAUGUUCGCCGGUUGUUGUAUUAGCUCACGGUGCCGGUGCUCCCUCUUCUUCCGACUGGAUGAUUAGAUGGAAGGAAAUGUUAAAGAAGACAUUAGCAGCUGUUGAAGUUGUCACAUUUGACUACCCUUAUCUUGCUGGUGGGAAAAGAGGAGUUGCUCCGAAAGCUGAAAAGUUGAUUGAGUUUCAUUCAGAUGUUGUUAAAGAAACUGCUGCUAAAUUCCCUGGUCAUCCUUUGAUAUUAGCUGGCAAAUCAAUGGGUUCUAGAGUAAGCUGUAUGGUUUCAGCUGUGAAUGAAGAUAUUACAGUUUCAGCUGUGAUAUGUUUAGGAUAUCCACUUAAGGGAGCUAAAGGUGUGAUAAGAGACGAGACCUUGCUGGAAAUGGGAGUCCCAGUGAUGUUUGUGCAGGGUAGCAAAGAUCCUAUGUGUCCUUUGGAUAAACUUGAAGCUGUUUGUAACGAAAUGAAAGCUGUGACUGAGCUGCAUGUGAUUGAUGGUGGAGAUCACUCCUUCAAGAUUGGGAAGAAACACCUCCAAACAAAGGGGUUAACACAAGCUGAAGUCGAAGAUAUCGCUUUGAACGCAAUAGCCACUUUUGUCUCCAAAUCCAUUGCUCAACGCCCAUAAUUUAUAUAUCAUCGCCUGCCUUUUACAUAACUUCAUUCAACUCCUAAUGGCUAAUGCUAUCAAUUAUGUGCCAACUUUGGUUAAAAUUUCUAAUGUAAACUGCAGUUCCAUGGAUUUCUUUUUA